UGAAGUAGAAUUGUGGAAACAGGUAGUUUCCUUUAAAUAACAGGUUUUAUUUAGGUGGAACAUAAUUUAAUUAUGAUAUUUCAGAAGGCUUUUGUUUUGAAAGUCCACAUCCAUCGCUUUUAUUUCGAAAUUGCACAGUCUUACCGUAAUGCCUAGUAUAUGAAGCUAUGGUAAAACAAAGUGGGGGUUGACUUUACUGCAGUCGGACGUCGGCUCACUGACGGCGGACAGUUACUGCCCACCAGUCAACAAGCUGGAACGGACAAAAACACAAACAUGGAUCUCAUUUGUAAACCGAGGAGCAAAUCGACAGUGUGGCUGUAUUUUGGCUUGAAGGCAGACGAAAAGGGUCAACCGGUGAACUCGGUGGAGGCCAUUUGCCGCUUAUGCCGAAAAAUAGUGCUCGCAAAAGGUGGGAACACCACGAAUUUACGAAGUCACCUGAGGCGUCGACACCGGGCAGAUUUCUUCGAGCCGUCAUCCUCCUCGACCCCCGGGUCUCUGUUUGAAACGCCAGGUUUGGAUCUCAACCAUGAAGAAUUCUUUGAGGAUGUUCCCUUUAUGCAGAAUGCUUUGAAUCAGAACUAUGUCCCAGAUGCAGUGCUGCCACCCGGGGAGCCGUGGCUCCACGGCGGCCCCACUCGAGCGGUGCUGUCCCUGCCUUCCUGCCUGCUCCUGUGUGAGGACUUUGGGUCAGGGAUAUCUGUUGCUGGAUCUUCUGGCGUGGAGCAGUUGGGAGAGAUGAAAGUGUAUGCCAAGUGUCACCUUCAACUAGGCGUCAUGUUUGGGCCAUAUGUCGGAGAAACCUGCAGAGGACAAAUGCCAGCCAAUCUCAAAUAUGCCUGGGCUAUUAGAGAUGAUGCUUCUUUCAUCUACGUCGAUGCUUCUGAUGAAAACAAGUCCAACUGGAUGAGGUAUAUAAGAUACACGAGCAGUGAGGAGGAACACAAUCUGUUUGUCUUCCAGUUUUAUCGUCACAUCUACUACAGGGUUUCCAAGCCUAUCACAGAGGGAGCAGAGCUCAGGGUCUGGAUUGGCAAGGACUACGCCUCCCUGCUGGGCCUGGGCUUAGGCGACAGUGUGAAAUGUGAAAUUGGAGAGAAGGAAGCAGCUCUGCGCCUCCUGCAGGACAUCCAGCUGGUCACCCUCCCAGAGCCCAGCAGCACUUCCCUCUGGUCAGAUCAAAGCCAAUCACAGAGCCCAAUGCCUGUUAUUAGUGACGUAACAACAGUGUCAAACCCAGAUGCAGCUUCUGAGCCAGGAGGGAUUUCUGCAUCUGCCUUCGCCUCCGCUCCCAUUGUCUCUUUCCCAUCCCCUAGCUGUCAUGUGAUGGAAAAGUACGACUUUAUGCCUGGAACUGAGAAAUUGCUGACUAACCCGAAUGCCACGCAGAACAGCCCGUGGUACUUUUUUGGGUUUGAGCCAGAUCCAACGGGUCGCCCUCUGGACCGGGGCACAGCAGUGUGUAAGCUGUGUGGAGACCAUGUGGGCUGUGCUGGAGGAGGAUUGGAUCUGCAAAACCACCUGAUGUCCAAGCACCACAUCAGACUACGUGAGGGUGUCAAGGAGAGAGUUCCUCCAAUAAUGGCAGGUCCACAACGCUUCCAGCCAACAGUGUUCAGCAGCGGCCUGGUCAGCACACUCCCCCAGCUUUUGUCAUCUCAGGUGACUGAUGCCAUCGCCAACUUUCUCAUCAUGGAUCUCCAGCCUGCUGCUCUGGUGGAAGGGGAAGGCUUCAGACAGCUGAUCCACACCAUCUUGCCCUCCUGCAAGGAGCUGCCGUCACCACGCCAGCUGGAGAACCUCUUGAAAGACCACCACACCAAGGGCAAGGCGAGCCUCGCUCAGAUGCUGAGGAAACUAGUAAGUGGAGAUGACGCGGAGAUGUCUGACUACACUGCUCCCAUCGAGUGUGAGCCCAGGAGACGUGGGCGGCCUCCCAGCCAUCGUAGGGAAGUUCCUCAUCAUGUCACUUUAAGUAUAGAUAUUUGGUCCCAUGACUGGCAGGGAGACACCGAGAAGUACCUCACCCUGUGGGCACACUGGAUAGACUCAAAUUUUAAUUCAAAGAAUGUGGCCCUAUCAACCCAAAGACUGUUGGAGAGCGGGAUGAAAGACUACACCCUUCAAGCAGUGGAGGCCCAGGUGAAAAUCAUGGCACUGGAGUGGGGAAUCUCCCAGUCUCACUUAAUCCUGAUAGGAGGAGAAGGAAGGAACAAAAUCAGGUUGGGAACAAUAAAGACGGAGAAAGGUAGAGAAGCUGCAGGAAGUGUCCCUCACCCAAACUCCACUACGUUUCUUGAGAGGGAAGACUCGGUGUCACCGGAGGAACCAUGUGGCUCCGAGUACAACCUUUUCAGUGAGGGACUACCGUUUGUUCCGUGUUUCUUCAGUGCAGUGCAGGAAUGCAUUGAGGAAGUGAUGUCACAUCCUGUCAUCUCCAAGACACUCUGCCAAUUUCAGAGUAUUCUUUCAACUUUGUUCCUGUCGUGUGCUCAGAACAGGGGCUCAUAUCAAUAUCACGUUCAGAGUCUGUUGCAGACGCUGACAAGAGAAGAACACGCAGAGCUGAAGUCGUGGGCUCAUAGUCGGCCAACGUGGAAUAAGCUCUACCCUCUGCUGAGCAUGUUGGUCAAGCACAAAAGCCUUUUCUGUGAUCUAAUAAAAGAUAUCACAGGGGAGAACUUAAUGAAAGGAGACACUGCUUCAGAAACCAGCUCUUCUGGUAGCUGCCACGCAAACUCCACCUCCAACACAUCCUCAGCAAAUGUGACAAUGCGUUCUGAAUGGAAGGUUCUUGAGGAGCUGUGUUUGGUCCUCAGGCCUCUGGACGUGGCUUGUCGAACCCUCGCCAAAGAGGCCUUCCCCCGUCUGUCCCUCAUCAAACCCAUUCUCAUCGGCCUGCUCUCCCGUCACCUCGUGUCCCGACCGGGUGAUUCGUCGUCCAUCUUGAAGGAGGUGAAGAAGACAAUGAGGCGGAGCUUGGCGAGUUGUUAUGAUAACCCUGUUGUGAAUAGGGUGCUGUGUGUGGCUUGUUCCCUUGACCCACAGUUCCAUGGGCUGGGGUUCAUGGAGGAGAAGGAGCAGACCACCACAUUUGACUGGCUGAAGAAAGAGGCCGUCAGGAUCGUGAAGGAGGACAGGAAGAGGAGGAGCCAAGGGAAGAGCCAGAUUAAGAGAAGCCCCUCCCCUGAGUCUCCAGAGUCUGAGAGUGACAUCCUGCGGAGGAGCAAACGUCUCAGAGAGUCUCGUCCAAUCAACUUCAGAGAGAUUGAUGACGAAGAUGAAGAGAGUGACGUAGGCGACACUGAUGAGAACGAAUCACCUGACCCGACCUCUCAGGGUGGACUCUCUGGAAUGGAGUUCCUGCUGGGAGAUCUGUUCUGCUCUGCCCCUCGGAGCAGGCAGAGUUCUGUGGAGGAGUCUAUAGACAUGGAGAUGUCUGUCUUCAGGGCUGACAAGGGGGCCUCACUGGGUGUGGAGCCCCUGCAGUGGUGGAGGACAAAGGCAGUGCAGUUCCCACUCUUGGCGAUAGUGGCACGGACUUACCUGGCCGCUCCUGCCGUGGCAGGAAACGCCGUGAAGGACUUUGUGCAGGACGGAGCAGGAGCCUCAUACAGGAAGAGGGCAAACAUUCCGCCUGAGAGUUUGGACACAAUCCUGUUUCUACACCACAACCAUGUGCCCACUUAUGAGGCUGGGCAGCUGGCAGCAAGGAGUGAUGACAAGAACAGUGGGAAUGAAAAGAAUGAGUCUUCUACUUCUGGACCGUGUCCUCUUCUGCAGAGCCCACCAGGUGGCACCAGUGUGUUUUCACAGCAGCUCAGAAGGGACAAACCAAACACUGGACUUUUAUAUUUUAACAUCACCUGAAGGAAGAGGAGGCUGAGGCAGAAGGGUAAUCAGUUGGUUGCAGUCUGAAACUUCAUCACCAGAUGCCACAAUCCACAUUCAUCAUUAAAGGUCCAGUGUCUAAAAUUCACUGGACCUUUAAUGAUGAAUCACAAGAAAUGAAGUUAAAGUAAAAAAUUAUAAUAAUAAUGAAUAAACUUGUUUACCUCUUGUCAUUGUAGGUCUGUUCUAUUUCAGAAAGCAAAUAGUUAAAUGUAUAUGGAAGCUUUUACAAAGUUUCCAUAUACUUCCAUAAACUAUACAUUAAGUUUCUGUUGCACUGUUGUAUGAAUGAAGCAUUUUGUUUGACGUUGUGCUUUUCUUCUUUCAUCCACAUCCACUCACAUUAAUGUAGAUUUACCUCUUGCUUAUGUUUUUAAGUAAAAACGUACAAUAUUACUAUCUGAACAGUUCAUUUACUGAUUUAUGUGAGUAAACAUAGAACAUAAUAUAUGCUCUGGUUGCAUUUAUGUAAACUUACACACAGUGAACUGGUCAUUUAAGUUCAGAAAUGGUUAUAAAACACAACAUACCCUAGUCUGUUCAAUAAUUUACAUUUUGUAAGUUUUUAAUUGCACAAAGAAAAAAAAGUAGGCUGAUCUGUUGUAUGAUUUGUACAUCCAAGCCAUCCAAACUGUAAACGCCGCACAUAUUGAGUGGAUGUUAAGAUGAAUAUUUACAAGCAAAGCAUUUCAUUUUGUUACAGUUUUCACUCUGUUUCUGUGAAAUGAUGCAAAAAGCCACAGUAAAGAGCAAGAAUAACGCUUA